AUGGGACUUCUUUCGGCACUUUUAGCAGUUGUGCUACUCGGCGACGUUGCACGCACAGCAUCAGUCACUAUUCCUCAGCCUUCCGGACAAUAUGGAGUUGCUCUCAAAACAGUCGAGCUAGUCAACACUGGGAUGCUAGACCCUUACGCUCCAUCAAAACAGAACCGCCGUAUAGUAUUGUCAGCCUUCUAUCCGACAUCGAUGAGGCGAGGCUGUCAGCAUAUACAGACCCCAUAUAUGCCACCAGCAACGGCAGAGGUCUAUGACCAGCUUUACAGCUCGAUCGGACUGCCAAACGGCACAUUCGGAGCACUGGAGUUGACUUUGUGCAGCCCAAGAACAACACCUCAGAGGCGUAAUCGGGUUCAGCAUCCCAUUGUUGUCUUCUCGCCAGGUUUGAGUAAUUCAAGGUUGAUCUAUAGCAGCGUCGCCGCGAACUUGGCUGCUCAGGGCUUUGUCGUUCUUACUGUCGAUCAUCCCUAUGACGGCGCCAUUGUUGAAUUUCCGGAUGGAAGCUUUGUCCUCGCCACAGACAUCGACACCGAUGAACAGAUCGAGGCGGCGCUCGCCGUGCGUACAAAAGACAUCAAAUUCGUCAACCAGCAGCUUCAGAACCGGACGCUCACACAAGAUCUGUUCAAGGGAAUAUACGGCAGUGUCGACCUCCGGCAAAGGUUCGCACAUGGCCAUUCCUUAGGUGGAGCAACGGCAGCGGCUACGAUGCUGGAAGACAACAAAUUCCUUGGUGGCAUCAAUCUCGACGGAACAUUCUUCGGCGAUGUUGUCGCUAAAGGUCUCGAUCGACCUUUCAUGAUAUUUGCGCACGAAGGAAAAAACCUGACCACCGACCAAUCCUGGGCAGAUCUCUGGUCCCAUCUGCGCAGUUCGAAAUUCGAGGCCAGUGUCAAGGGCACUGCACAUGGAUCGUACACGGAUUUUCCUAUGUUGUUGGAUGUGCUUGGUUUGCGGGCGCUGUUACCUGCCGACUUGGCGGGCGAGCUGGUCGGCACAAUUUCAGGAUCCCGAAUGCUUGAAAUUUUAUCUACCUCGACCGCUUCGUUCUUCCGCUUUGUCGGAUGCCAGAUAUCGUCGGGACAGCUCAAGAGAACGUUGUCACAGUUUCCGGAGGUGGCAGUGCUGAAUGCUACAGUGGUGUAG